AGAGAAAUAGAGAGCGAGAGGGAAUGUGCACGUUGCGCGUGUUAGUGUCAGGGAGGGAUGCAUGUCGUCGCCUUCUCUGACCCAGGGUGGGCUUCCUUCUCGCAAACGCGCCGCGCUCUCCAAAAGGGCUAGAAACGGGUCCGGCGGCUAAACAACGCGCGGCCUUCGCCGGGACUGACAGCCGCGGCGAAAGCAGCCCCCGCCAGCCGGCCCUCGCUUUUGUCUGCUGGUGAAGGCGGCGGAGGAGGAAGCAGCCCGGCGUCGCUCCUCGCCGCGCGCUCCCUCGCUCGCGGCCGGGCUUUGGUCCCGCCUUUCCCGCUCCAGCAAAACGGCGCCGCGGGCCGGCCCCCUCGCUGGGCUGGCAAGCGCAAAACGGCCGCGCUCGGCCCAGGAUUUGAAAAGUUGAGUCAGACCUCAAGCCUGUUUUGUUACCGGAUUCCUGAUGUCUUUGGAAAUUGCCACAAACACAGUGAGAAGAUGAACAGCUACGAUUCAGAAAAACUGAAGGUUGAAAGAUUUUCUGACAAAAUUAGAGAGAGAGAAAUUGCAUUGAUUAAGAUAAAAAGACAUGAAGAUCUCUGAAAGUUAAGAGAAGAUAGGAUGGAUGCUACUGUAAUACUGUCUAUUCUGAAGAAAAAAUUAGCUUUCCUCUCAGGUGGGAAAGACAGAAGAAGUGGCCUCAUUCUGACAAUUCCAUUAUGCCUUGAACAAACAAAUAUGGAUGAAUUGAGUGUCACCUUGGACUAUCUGCUAAGUAUUCCUAGUGAAAAGUGUAAAGCCAGAGGAUUUACUGUUAUAGUGGAUGGUAGAAAAUCUCAAUGGAAUGUUGUAAAGACCGUGGUGUUGAUGCUGCAGAAUGUUGUUCCAGCUGAAGUAUCCCUUGUUUGUGUAGUAAAACCAGAUGAAUUUUGGGAUAAAAAGGUUACACAUUUUUGCUUUUGGAAAGAGAAAGAUAGACUUGGCUUUGAGGUUAUUUUGGUAUCUGCCAACAAGCUUACUCGAUACAUAGAACCAUCUCAACUAACAGAAGAUUUUGGAGGAAGUCUUACCUAUGAUCAUAUGGAUUGGUUGAACAAAAGACUGGCAUUUGAGAAGUUUACAAAAGAGUCUACAUCCUUACUUGAUGAGCUUGCAUUAAUCAACAGUGGAAAUGAUAAGGGAAACCAACAGGAGAAAGAGAGGUCUUUAGAUACUAAUUUUCUACCAUCUGUUGAUCCUGAGACGGUUCUGCAGACAGGUCAUGAGCUCUUAUCGGAAUUGCAGCAACACCGUUUUAAUGGUUCAGAUGGAGGAGUCUCCUGGUCUCCUAUGGAUGAUGAACUGCUUGCUCAGCCCCAGGUUAUGAAGUUAUUGGAUUCGCUCAGAGAACAGUAUACACGGUAUCAGGAAGUAUGCAGGCAAAGGAGCAAACGAACUCAGUUGGAAGAAAUUCAACAGAAAGUAAUGCAGGUAGUGAACUGGCUUGAAGGGCCGGGUUCGGAACAGCUUAGAACCCAGUGGGGAAUCGGUGAUUCAAUUAGGGCUUCACAAGCUUUGCAACAGAAACAUGAAGAGAUUGAAAGUCAACACAGCAUGUGAGGACAUGGUAGAUGUGAGACGAUUAAAGAUGCUUCAGAUGGUUCAGCUAUUUAAGUGUGAAGAGGAUGCUGCUCAGGCAAUAGAAUGGUUAAAUGAAUUAUUAGAUGCGCUGCUGAAGACUCAUACCCGUUUGGGAGAUGAUGCCCAAGAAACCAAAAUUUUGUUGGAAAAACAUAGGAAAUUUGUUGAUGUAGCUCAGAGUACCUAUGAUUAUGGGCGGCAAUUACUACAGGCUACUGUGGUUUUGUGCCAGUCUCUGAGAUGCACUUCUAGAUCGUCAGGAGAAACACUUCCAAAGCUGAACCGCGUAUGGAAACAAUUCACAAUCACUUCAGAAGAAAGAGUAACAAGGCUAGAGAUGGCUGCUGCUUUCCACUCAAAUGCGGAAAAAGUUUUGCAAGAAUGUCCAGAUGAGUCUGAAUCUAUAUAUGAUCAGGAACAAUUUGAUGAGAUUGAAGCUGUUGGAAAAUCCCUUCUGGAUAGAUUAACAGUUCCAGUGGUUUAUCCUGAUGGCACUGAGCAGUUUUUUGGGAGCCCGAGUGACAUGGCUUCUUCAGCCGAACACAUCCGAGAGAAGAUAAAGUUGGUUUGUCUGAGAAAACAACAACUGACACAACCAGAUGGCUGUACCACAGAGACCUAAUAGCCUCUCCCUGCCAAUUCAUAAGAUGCCUAUUUGUAACUCCGCAUGACAUCUGCAUUCUAUGCCUGCCAUAGUACAUGAAAAUGCAUUUCAUAGCUAUUAUUAAGCAUAAAAAAAAACCUCUUCAUCCUUCUUGAAGCGAAUCUUAUUCUACAUCUUAACCAUGCAUUUCUACAAAGCCAUAAUUUAACAUGCUAUGAACAUCCAGACUUCAACUAUAAUGAAAAGGAACAGAAGACGUUGCACUGAAUACUUGCUUUGAAGCUUUAUCCCACCCUAUCAGGUGCUGCUUCCUCUAGGCAACUGAUGCAAGUUUUAAAAUGGUGCUAAUAAGUGCAAGUUCCACAAAAAAUAAUUCUGUUUAUUCUCCAGAUGAUGUAGUAUUUUAGGCUGUAGGUGAAACUAUCUGUUGUAUAGACCUAUAAUUUUGAUUUGUAUUUUUUUUAAAUGGUCCUUUUUAUUGUGCGGAUACGUGCCAUCAAAUCCUGGAAAUUCAUUAUAUUGGAUUUUUUCCCCCCAAUUUGUAUGGAUAAUGUAUUAAGAAAUGUUUUGUGCUUAAUAAAGUCCACCUUUUAAAAAUCCAGUAACUUUUAUGGAAGCUUGCAUUUCCUACUUUAUUGCAGGAAAUUGUAAAAGAGAGUACGUCCAUUUUGGAUCUUGAGUGAAAGUUUCUUAAUAAUUGAAAGAAGAGGGAAUAAGCAUCAUCAUGUAACCAAGGAAGAAAAAUGAUAUGAAAGCAGCUGUUGACAGUUAACGGCAAAUUAAGUUCAUUUUUCUUUUUGACGUUUGUUUGUAGAUGGGAAGGAAAAGGACUUACAUUUUACAAGAGUAAGAAUUAAAGUCUGGCGAGAGGGAUUUGUAGGUGCAAAUUGAAGACAUAAGAGAAAUUGAUAGGUUUCUCUUUUAACGUACCUUUUUUUCUCUUUUUUUCUACAAGUAUUGAUAUUGGACAUAUAUGUUCCACUAGUUACAUCUUUAUGACUGAGCAAAUUCAAGUAACAGCUGAUGAUGCAAUUUCCAGAGCUGAUAAAUGCUAGGUAUUGUAAUAAAAUGAUCAAAUAUAGGGCAUAAAUUAUGUAUUCAUUCCUCCAAUCUGCAAAAGCCAAAUAAAAACCUUUAUAUAUUUAUGAA